CUCGAAGCGCGACGUUCCUAACCUAUCACGCUCGUUGUUGACGUCAGAAGAGUUCAAAACACUUGGAAUUGUGGAAAAUCCUCCCGAAAAGGGAGGCUUGAUUACUUACAAGCGCGAUAAGCGCUCUCGAGUUCGCUUUAGAAACUUUUAUGCCGGCGGACAAUCGAAGAAUGGAGAAUUCCAGGAACAAUGAAAACGCAUCAACCAAUCAAACAUCUGCGCGUGGCGAGAGAAAGAGUACUCGGGGUUCGAGACAAAAGGCCGUGGAUAAUUUAAGCAAGAAGUUUUUGAGGAAUUUUGAUCCGGAGCACAGCGAACGAGAGAAGCGCAAACUAUAUCGUCGAUUGUACCAGAGUCACAGGAAGCAUGUGUACGACGAGAAGGGUAUUUACAUACGAACGUCGGAUGAUCUCUGCGAUUGUUUAAGUCUAGAUUGCCCUGGAUGUCAUUUUCCAUGUCCUAAAUGCUCUUCUCCAAAAUGUGGUCAUGACUGCAGGAAUAAUCGCAAAUGGACUUAUGAUAGCAUCGUCCUCGAAGGAAGCGAACCUGUAAUAAAAAAUCCAUUGUUGAAAGACACUGAAACAAAGUGAAAACGUAAUUUGUAAUACAACUCAUAUGCAAACUCUGCACAAACUUUGCAAUAUUGUCACAAUAUUACAAUAUUGCAACGAUAUUGUCGCAAUAUAGCUGCAAGAUCUGUGCUGUAUGGAAAAUAUUAGCAGUAAGAAUGUGUACAUAAAAUAUUCUCAAGCUAGAUUCUUGUUUUUAUCUCUCUUGUACAAAGUAUAUUUAUAUAAUAAAGGAUAGCGAAUGUAAUAAAUUUUUAAAUACAUCUGCUAGAAAAAAAAGAAAAGAGAAUGGUUUUUUUGUAUGAUUAUACUUGGAGCUUUCAAUAUGUGUUGCAAUAUAUGCUAAGUAUUUUACAUUAUUUAAUCGAGCGACUAUCCUAAUCAGCAAAAUGUUAAUAGAUUUAGUAACAGAUAAUUAAAAAAUGUUAGCAAAGUGA